AUGACGAAGUCCCCAGCUAGCGAUGACCACGCAGAGACUCGAAUGGGAAGCGGGAGUUCCUCAAGAACACCCAGGGGAGAGGCCGAAAGGGGUGUUCGCCCGUGGGACCGGCAAGUAUGGCCAGAGCAUACGCGGCCGCUAGAGCAAGGUCACGGCGCUGCGCCUAGAGGGAAUCCAGACAGGGAGCGCUGGCAAGCGACGGCAUCACCUGAGGGUCGGGGUACGAGCGUGGGCAUGAGCGAAAGUCGUGCUAGCAUAGGAACCAGUGGAAGAAGAAGGAAGAGGAUGUGGGCGGGCAGUGAAGACGAAGAUGAUAACGCCUCUCCAACGUUACCCAGCGUACAGAUUACUCCCGCUAUACGGGAGCCUCGAGACCACCGAACGUUUGGCAAUGCCUACGCCCCAUAUAGUAAGCCGGCGGAGAAGGCGGAGGCCUCCUUGCCGGCAAAGGGCAAAGGAAGGCGAUUAGAGACGGAAGCCGCGUCGUCAGUCGCCGAGAGUAGCAUAGCAACGUCAAGAAGAGACGAAGCGGACACCGGUAGGAUUGGAUCCAAGCGCCCAGCGCGGGCUAGAGAGAAGAAGGGGAAGUUAUUGAACGAACAAGAACGCAAGGAAAUGCUCGAGGCUGACAAAUGGGCGAAGAAUAUACUAGAGGAAGAUAUCGUGCUACCAAUUGGUACAAGCAUCGUCAAAUAUGCGGAGAGAUAA